ACAUCGGCUCUGCUGCUCUGCUGCUGAUGGUCUGAUCGGAGCCUGUUGGGCGCACCGAGCUACCGUCCAAAAUUUCAGGUAGAGUAUCUGAAGGAACAACAAGAAACCGAAAGCUAUAAAGAGGCGGGAGGCUUCCGUUUUCUUGAAAACGGCACAGGAGAGCCAUUCAGAGAAGUCGGGGGUCAAAGGUGAGAAGAGCAGAGGGCACCAUGGAGAGUGAACCUGGGGCCCCUGCCUCUACUGCUGGCAGCACUGGGACCAUUUCCACAACCAGCAGCUCCUCCGCCACCACCCCCGCCACAACCAGCAGCUCCUCCAGCACCACAGCUGUUAGCACUAGUACUUCAAAUACUACUACCACUGCUGCCACAACUUCAGGCAGCAGCAACAGUGUUAGUAGUAGUAACAGCAACAGUAGCAUUACAAGCAGUAGUUCCAGUAACAACACUGCAGCAGGAAGACAGGCAGUGCCACAGAUUUCAAUUUAUAGUGGGAUACCUGACCGACAAACUGUGCAGGUUUUCCAGCAGGCGCUACACAGACAGCCAAACACAGCAGCACAGUACCUGCAGCAGAUGUACGCUGCCCAGCAGCAGCAUCUGAUGUUGCAAACUGCAGCCCUCCAGCAGCACAGCCUCAGCACCGCCCAGCUGCACAACUUAGCGGCUGUACAGCAGGCGAGUAUUGCAGCUGGCAGGCAAAGCUCCUCACAGAAUGGCACUUCAUCUCACCAAACGGGGUCUACUCAAGCUACAAUCAACCUAACCACAUCCCCAGCAGCAGCUCAGUUGAUCAGUCGAGCCCAGAACAUAGGCUCCACCCCCACCAGUAUUUCCCAGCAAGCUGUUCUGCUCGGCAGCCAGUCCAGCACGACUCUCACACCCAGCCAGGCCCAGAUGUACCUGCGGCAACAGAUGGCUCAGCAGAGUAACCUAGUGCAGGUGGCCAGGAGUCUGGGCCGGGCCGUUCCUUUGUCCCCGCAGCUCAUCUUCACCCCAGCUGCUACAGUGACGGCUGUGCAGUCUGAGAGUGCCACACAAGCCUCCUGCCAGAACCAGGUUCAGAAUUUGGCUAUUCGUGGCCAGCAGGGGGCGACCACAUCCUCCACUCAGACUCUUCCUCUCAGCCUGAAGCACAGCCCAGUACCCAUUCAGCCCGCUUCACUCGUCAAGAAUCCCAGCCAAGGGACCCAGACCUCCUCAGGUGGGAAGUCCAGUUCCUCUGACAGCCCCUCAGAUGGAGCAAAGAAAGGAGACACUCCAGCGGUCACAGAGGUUCGAGCCAUAAAUAUGAGUCGCAGCGUCACAGCUGUGAGUGCCCAGCCUCUUGUUGCACCAGCGUACACCCAGAUUCAGCCUCAUUCGCUGGUUCAGCACAAACAGCAGCAGUUCGUGGUCCAGCAGAGCCAAGGUUCCCAAAGGACGACAGGCCAGCUGCUGCAGACCGCCUCCAUUCAGCCGUCACAGCAUUCCGUGCCUGUUCUACCCAAACCUGCGCCUCAUCAGCCCUCCACUCCCAGCCAGCAGGCCACCAUCUUCCACUCCACCCUCAGCCACCAAGCUCUUCACUCCUCACUCAGCCAAGCCAAAGCUCAGCCGGUCCAACUCACUGCCAUCAACCUGCAAAUACAGCCAGCCACCCCACGACCUGUACAGGACAGUAAAGAUAAGCCAACCUCGUUAGUAGUAAGAGAGACAAGUCAGACCCCAUCAGUUCAACAACAGCAGCAGCAGCGACCUGCAUCUUCUCCAUCACAGCCCUGUAAGCCUGGAGAGCAGCCCAAGGUUAACACUUCCACCCCGCCUGUUCCAGUACAAGGAGUAGGCUCGGUCAAGAGGCCAAGCACAACACCUGGGACCCCACCUCCAGCCAUGACCUCCGGAAAUGAGAGUGAGGCGCCCACCGUGACGGGCAGCGCGCCGCAAAAUGGAGAGAACAAACCGCCGCAGGCCAUAGUCAAGCCCCAGGUCCUCACACAUGUCAUCGAAGGCUUCGUCAUCCAGGAGGGAGCAGAGCCGUUCCCUGUAUGUGUAGAGCGUCUGCCAAUUCUCAUCGACAGCCCAAAGAAACUGGAUCAUCAGUUGUCCUCAGACCCAGACAAAACUCCUGUCAGCAAUGCAGCGAACAGCGACUCUGAGCCCGAGGACAUGAACCAACCAGAAAAAGAAGAACCCAAGCUGACCUGCGAGUUCUGCGGCUGGGUGGACUUUGCAUACACCUUCAAGGGAUCAAAAAGGUUCUGCUCUGUGGUUUGUGCAAAAAGGUACAACGUGGGCUGCACAAAACGGGUUGGACUUUUCCGUCCAGAGAAGAACAAAACAACAAAUCGCUGGCGUAAAAGAUCUCAUGGCCGCUCCAGUAUAGAAGCUAAGAAGCAGAAAAUGUCGCCGUCACCACAGCAGGCACAGGGAGGCUCUAUAUCCUCGCCGCAUGCCUCUCAGCCCAGUCAGGAGGAGUCCAGCCCUUGUUCAGACAUGUCCAGCUAUGAAGAGCCACCAUCUCCCCUGUCGGCAGCCAGCUCAGGACCCGGCGCUCCCGCUCCAGCCUCAGCCCAGGUCCCCGCCCACCGGCAACCAAGCAGGUCCUCAGAACUAGAGGGCUGCGACGGGAGAGAUGCACCCUCCCUCGACGAGCGCUUCUUACCCAACGACCCGGGCAACUGGAACGUAGAGGAGGUUUACGAAUUCAUCCGUUCUCUGCCAGGUUGUCAGGAGAUCGCCGACGAGUUUCGCUCUCAGGAGAUCGAUGGACAGGCGUUGCUCCUGUUGAAGGAGGACCACCUAAUGAGCACUAUGAACAUUAAGCUGGGACCUGCGCUCAAGAUCUUUGCACGCAUCAACAUGCUCAAAGACUCAUAGCAGAAAUUGUGUGAAUUGAGCUGAUAGCACUAGCAGCACACAGCACUGAUUGCACUGCGACGCAGUCUUCUCAGCACUACUGGACUGCUUCCUCCACCAACAGAAAAAAGCUGAUCUGCAUCUUUAUCAUCAGUUCUCAUGUUAUAACAUGAGCGUUACUACUUCAUGUUUUUGCAGGUGUGAAUACAGACAGAAAUUAUACGCAUUCGCCACACUGGGUCAUUUUGUGCUCAUAUUUUGAAAGAUGUUGUGGUUUAUCGUCGUGUCUUGCUCCUCCUCCAACAAUCUGCCUAGCAUUUCUAAUGUGCCGUCAGGAAGCUGAAAAGUGCCAGUUAAUCUGUAUGACAAAAAAAAAACCCACAUUUAUUAGCCCAUCAUUUAGCAUCUUCUUUAUUUGCAAAAUUAUGAUUUUGCUCAUGAGAAAGAAACCCAGUUUCCAAAGGAAAACCGAGCUGUAAGAGCAAGCAGUGCUGGUGUGUUCUACCUGUUCAGUGGUGCCUGGGUCUGCUCACACUGCAACACAAUCUGCCCUUAUUUGAGGCAUUCUGAUUAGCACGAGUGAUGUCUGAAUUUAUUAUGUUAUUCAUGUUUUUGUACAGUUUUGUUGGUGUGUGAAAGAAAGAGGCGGCUGUGAGUACAGAAGAUUGCAUUCAGUAAUUGGCGUUUUUAUUCAGCAGAGGCUCCUUUCUGCCUUUCCUAACAAUAAGACCCCCACAGCUAUCAAAGAGCAAAGCUCGAAUGAAUGCAGAGAAAACGAUUCAAGGAGCCUCUUUUGUGCCAAUUUUCUUUUCAGUCUCUAGUUUUCUCUGUAGAUUUAAACUACUUACAAAUUAUCUACUUCAGAAUGAUUAACUAAAAUAUGACAUUGAUUUUCUGACUCAGGUUUAAAAGACACUAAUUUAUACAAGGAACAAAAUGGGUUUGCUGCUCUCUCGACAACCUGACUGUUUGCUCUUGUUUUCUGUCAUCCUUAUGCACAAUAUGUUGUGGUGUGCAAUUGUUAAACAAUGCAAGUUUGUCCAUGUAUAUCAGAUCAUUUGAGGGAAAGCUUGGAACUAUUCUUUCUAUAACUUAUUUUUACUUUAAAAGAGAAUUUUAAUUUAGGUUAAAAUUUUGAUAUAUGCAAAUUUAUAAAAUACCAUUGGUGUUGGAGUUCAUUUAUUUCAUGGUUUUUUUUUAUUUUACAAAAAAGACUAAUUGUUUUCUCUGUGUGAUAGUGAACUUUUUUAGAUGAUUCUUCGUCAAAUGCUUGUAUUUAUGAAAAGUUUGUUACACAUUUUGCAGUUAUAAAUAAUUUGCAGAAGA